AAAGAAGAAGCACAGUAGAGAAGAAAGGCAGACCAAGCACAUUCAACCUUUGCUGCCAUGGGGAACUGGGCCGUGAAUGAGGGACUCUCCAUCUUUGUCAUUCUGGUGUGGUUGGGGUUGAAUGUCUUCCUCUUUGUCAACUCCUACAAGGUUUAUGAUGAUGGACCUAAGUACUAUUAUACUCGAAAACUUCUCGGGUCAGCACUGGCUCUGGCCAGGGCACCUGCAGCCUGCCUGAAUUUCAACUGCAUGCUGAUCCUGUUACCAGUGUGUCGAAAUCUGCUCUCCUUCCUCAGGGGUUCCAGCGCGUGUUGCUCAACAAGAAUUCGAAGACAACUGGAUCGGAACCUCACUUUCCAUAAAAUGGUGGCAUGGAUGAUAGCGCUUCACACUGCGAUCCACACCAUUGCACAUCUGUUCAAUGUGGAGUGGUGUGUGAAUGCCAGAGUCAACAAUUCUGACCCAUAUUCAGUAGCACUCUCUCAAAUUGGUGACAAGGACAAUGAAGAGUAUCUCAAUUUUGCUAGAGAAAAAAUCAAGAACCCUGAAGGAGGCCUCUACGUGGCCGUGACUCGGUUGGCUGGCAUCACCGGAGUUGUCAUCACACUGUGUCUCAUAUUAAUUAUCACAUCCUCUACCAAAACCAUCCGGAGGUCUUACUUUGAAGUAUUUUGGUAUACGCACCAUCUCUUUGUGAUCUUCUUCAUCGGCCUUGCCAUCCAUGGAGCUGAACGAAUUGUACGUGGACAGACUACAGAUAGUUUGAAUGAGCAUGAUAUAAAAUUCUGUGAAGACAAAAUCUCACAAUGGGGAACAAUAAAGCAGUGCCCAGUACCCAAGUUCUCUGGAAACCCUCCUAUGACUUGGAAAUGGAUAGUGGGUCCCAUGUUCCUGUAUCUCUGUGAGAGACUGGUCCGGUUUUGGAGAUCACAACAGAAGGUGGUCAUCACCAAGGUGGUCACCCACCCUUUCAAAACCAUUGAGCUUCAGAUGAAGAAGAAAGGAUUCAAGAUGGAGGUAGGACAGUACAUUUUUGUCAAGUGUCCUAAGGUGUCCAAGCUGGAAUGGCACCCAUUCACCCUGACCUCUGCGCCUGAGGAAGACUUUUUUAGCAUUCAUAUCCGUAUUGUGGGAGACUGGACAGAAGGGCUGUUCAAUGCUUGUGGCUGUGAUAAACAAGAGUUCCAAGAUGCCUGGAAAUUACCUAAGAUAGCAGUUGAUGGGCCCUUUGGCACAGCCAGUGAAGAUGUGUUCAGCUAUGAAGUGGUGAUGCUAGUGGGAGCGGGGAUCGGAGUCACGCCUUUUGCCUCCAUUCUCAAGUCUGUCUGGUACAAAUAUUGCAAUAAUGCCACAAAUCUGAGGCUCAAAAAGAUCUACUUCUACUGGCUGUGCAGGGACACACAUGCCUUUGAGUGGUUUGCAGACCUGCUGCAGCUGCUGGAGACCCAAAUGCAGGAAAGGAACAACGCCGACUUCCUCAGCUACAACAUCUACCUUACUGGCUGGGAUGAUGCUCAGGCCAAUCACUUUGCUGUACACCACGACGAGGAGAAAGAUGUAAUCACAGGCCUAAAACAAAAGACUCAGUAUGGACGGCCCAACUGGGAUAAUGAAUUCAAGACAAUUGCAAGUCAACACCCUAACACCAGAAUAGGAGUUUUCCUCUGUGGUCCUGAAGCCUUGGCUAACACCCUCAACAAACAAAGCAUCUCCAACUCCGAGUCCGGCCCUCGUGGAGUGCAUUUCAUUUUCAACAAGGAAAACUUCUAACUCGGCUCUUUCAUGAAGAAAUAAGUGUAUGCUGCCAAAUGCCCCAAUAUUGCUGGUUGACUAUAUGAGCUCCAUCCUCUGAAGAAAGGAGGAGGAAAGUGAAUGAUGAUGACAUAGCCACCCCUUUAUAAGAAUUGCAAAGAUUGCUUGUUAGGUCACACUUGCAUGCAGUUUCAUGGCUUUCACAGCACGUUUACAAACAUUAUUAUGUUGCUUUAUGUCACGUUUCCCUCUGCCAUGCCAGAAGAGGGUUAGGCAAGAAUUGUCUGGGACUCAUUGUUGGAUAAACAAUAGAAGUUCAAAUAAUUUCAGCACCUUCCUUCACAUUCAGAAGCUGAAACCCGAUCUAUGCCACUUGACUCCCCAUGUGUGGUCAUCUUUUCGUAUUUAAUACCAGGUUGUCUCGAGAAUCAAUUUUUCUGCCCUCUCCUACAAGAGAGUAUUACAAAGGGUAGUUUAUCAAUCCUCAUUUUUGUUUCAUCUUUAACAUUAGUUAGCAUUAUGCAAAAGGAGAGUGCUUUUUAUGGAAGAGAUAAUGAUGCUGGCAAUGACUUAAUACUUAAUAGUGACAGCAUUGACAUGGAAGUUUACCAGCACGGCAGCUUAACUGCGCCAGAGAUUAUUCCUACAAAGGACCAUUAGACUGGCUGGAGUUAAGGUAGCAGUCUGCAUUUAGCAAGGUGCUUGGCAGAGUGGGGUUCAAGGUCACUUUAUUGAAUGAAUAAAUGAGUGAACAAACAAAUGCAAGCAUGUAGAACUACACAAUGUCAGAGUGGAAUUCAUUUAAGAUCAGAGACAAAAUUACCCUUCUGUUACUUUUACAGACCAGAGGAUUCUGAUUCCCCUGGGGGUAGAAAGCAGGAUAUGAACCAGUGGGAUAGCCUGGCCUAGUGAAUUUACCCUGUUGUUAUCUGGAGGCAGGAUGGAUGAAGUCAGAGACCUAAACUCCUGUGAUGCUGCUGGCUAACACUUCUAGUCCUAGUCCAUAAGCCUGAAAGAAAAACACAUCUGUUUAUUGCCAGAAAUGCUCUGCUCUAGCUAACCCUUGUAAAUUUGAACUGAAUUCUAGCAAAUAUGUAUCUGAUAAUAUGUAUCCUGCUUAUUGUCCAUUUAUUCUUUUUGAUUUAAUGCCUAUACAAAUAAAUCUCAUGUGUGUAUAUAA